AUGGAAAGUGUCACUCCCAACAACAACACUUCUACUGCUGCUGCUGCUGCUAAUACUACCACUACUACUACCACUGCUAGCGGUACAACUACUACUCCCCCUAUAACUUCUGCUUCUGGUACUUCUACUACCUCUCUUGCUGCUGCUGCUGAUAGUGAAUUCUAUCUUGGAAGUAUAUUUCAUUCACUAGAGCAUUUACCUCAAUGGUAUCAGCUUGUAUCCCUCUUUAGUGUGUUUUGUCUUUUUCCUCUUCGUGAAAUUGCCGUUGUUGGAUGGCUUGCCGCGUCUCUUCAUAAUUCUUUUGGAACAGAAAUGGCGUGGCCAGAAGAGUAUCAAUUGUUAUUGGAACAAAUGUCAUUUAAUGAACGACUCUGUUUUACACUUUAUGGAGUGGCAUUAUCACUAUUGGCAUUCCUUGCGUAUAGAGUAUUUGCCUCUGAUGUUCUCUACAUUGGAUUGCGUGAAUCUGGUUUAACUGGAAAACGUAAAUGGUGGUUAGCCGCUUUUGUCUGUGCUUUGCUUGGAUGUGAAGGGAUGGUGAUAUUAAAGGAAGAAGUAUCAAGUACUUUAUCUAAUAAAAGGUCAUUAGCUCAUCUCGCUUUGGUAGGUUUUGAUGGUAUUGAAAAAUCAAGAUUUGAUCUUCGUUUGGCAAACAGUAAUCCUCACUUUAUUAUACAAAUAGAAGUUUUAAAAUCUCUUUUAAUAGCUUUUUUAGAGCAUGUAGGUCCUGCUGUAAUUCUUUCUUGUUGUUACCGUCUUCUUAGAGAUGUUCCUAGAAAAGCUACUGCAGCAUUACGUUGGUAUAUUGUUACACUUAUGUUAUCACGUUCAUUAAUAACAUUAUUUGCAAUGUAUCGUAAUGAUGAUUGGGAUAGAAAAAGUGCAUGGCUUUUAUUUGCAUCAUCCUUAUGUUUUCUUGGAAUGGUAAAUUAUGCUUUUGGUCCUACUAAACGUGGUGGAUGGACAGCUGCUACAUCUGUAGUAUCUUCUAUUUAUCAAACUAUUCAAGGAAUUGUUAAGUGUACCGCACUUUUUUUCGUUAUUUAUUUAUCUGUACUAGCAUUGGUGGUUAGUGUUCAUGUUGUAGAAUUACUUCUUAUUUGGCUUAUUUUCUUUUUAACGACAGUGUGGGUACCUGCUAUUAUUGACUCCUGUUCAACCGAUUAUAUGGUCUGUGUAUGUACAGCUAUUUGUUUUGUAGCUCGUGAGAUGAAUUAUCUAACAGAUUGGGGAUCCUUUCGUCUUUGGGGAUUUUUAUGUCUAUGGUGGUUAAAUGUAUGUUUAUUCUACAACUUAACUACUAAUGCCUGUCAUUCCCGUUAUGGUGGUAUUAUCUCUUUAUCUGUUUUAUUUACAUUAUUUUGGCGUUUAUCACAAUUAGGAGAACGAACAGGUGAUUUUGUUUCUUUUCUGGAACAUGUGGCUUCAGUUUCACGCGAUUUAGUUGAGGGAACUGUUCCUAUUGAGGGUAGUAUGUUGACUGGUGGUACUGUAGCGACUCCAAAGUUUUAUUCUUUAUUUCAAGCGGGGCUUCUUCUCUGUGGGAUUCUUGUGGGUUGUGUGGCUCUAUUGAGUAUCUUUGAAACCCCAGAUAUUCGAAAUCGAUUACUUAGUCAAAACAUUUUGAUAGUAACACCUGGAGUACUUUUUCGAAAAUUAGUAAAAACUCUUAUACUUGCAGUUUGUUUCCUUAUCUUUAUGGUGACAGCACUUUUAUUGUAUAACUUUUUACCGCAUCUCGCCAGGUUUGCUCCUGAAUUUGCAACACUUUCUGUGGCUGUAGGUCUUGCGUGUAUUAUACUUGGAACUCUUAUGGAUAUGCAGGAGUUUUUCUAUAUUGUCUUUAUGCGGUUGAUAGGAGUGAUGGAGCCACCGGAGACCAAUGAUGAUGAUAAGGAAGGGGAUCAAAAUCCUUUUGUAAUGGGAGGAACAUCUACUUCUUGGAUGAGACGGCAAACAGGAGUUAUUCGGUAG